GGAAGUGGACUCUUCUAAUAAGGAGUUACCAGUCAGGCCGUCUGGUCAUUGAAAUGUCCUCAACCACAAAUCUGAAGAAAUUUUAAUCACCAACUAUGCUGCUACCCCUUUUUAUGUUGGCUGUGGCUUUUAAAGGUUUAUGUGAAGGAGCUGGUGUGUUACCAGAUGGUCCUCUGAAUGCAUCUGUAGGAGGGACGGUGAUGUUCACCCCAACUCUGACUCCAUCAGAUGGACCCUUUACUGCAGUGUUCUGGAAAUUUGGUAUUAAGGAUAUAGUAAGCUAUGAUCCACCUGAAAGCAUACCUCAUCCAGACUAUGGGGGCAGGAUCACCUUCUUCCCAUCUACUGCAUCUCUGGAGCUCAGGGAUCUGACACUUGAUGACAGUGGAGAGUAUGUAGUCAACAUUUUACCAGGAUUUCUGCAAGGAGACACCAGACUGGACAUAUAUGAGCCAGUCUCCAGUGUAACAGUAACUCCUCACAGUUCAGACUUGGUUGAGUUCAACAAUUCUGCUCGUCUGUCCUGUUCCUCCUCUGGAUCAUUUCCCUCUUAUGUCUGGAUGAACGGCAGCUCUGAGGUUACAGCCAGUGACAGAGUUCAGCUCACUGGUGGAGGCUCCAAUCUGACUGUAGUAAACGUGAACCGCUACGACCAGGGAUCAUACAGGUGUCGUGUGUUCAAUCCUGUCAGUGAUGCCAUCAGUGAUCCAGUGAUCAUCUCUGUCAGCUUUGGCCCAGAAAAUGUAAAAAUUACAGUUUCUCCAUCACAAAACCUCUACAAGGAGGGGUCAGACAUCAGCCUGACCUGCUCAGCUGAGUCUAGACCUCCAUUCCUCCAGUUUUUCUGGUUUCUGGAUGGAGAGCAGCUGUCUGGUACUGGACCAGAACUCACACUGAUGAACAUUCAGACGACUCAGAGUGGAAACUACAGCUGUCAGGCCUUUCACAACAAAACUCUGAAAUAUGAAACAUCUCAACCUUCAUCAAUCACUGUUCUACAGCCAGUCUCCAGUGUAACAGUAACUCCUCCCAGUUUAGACUUGGUUGAGUUCAACAGUUCUGCUCGUCUGUCCUGCUCCUCCUCUGGAUCAUUUCCCUCUUAUGUCUGGAUGAACGGCAGCUCUGAGGUUACAGCCAGUGACAGAGUUAAUCUCACUGAUGGAGGCUCCAAUCUGACUGUAGUAAACGUGAACCGCUACGACCAGGGAUCAUACAGGUGUCGUGUGUUCAAUCCUGUCAGUAAUGCCACCAGUGAUCCAGUGAUCAUCUCUGUCAGCUUUGGCCCAGAAAAUGUAAAAAUGACAGUUUCUCCAUCACAAAACCUCUACAAGGAGGGGUCAAACAUCAGCCUGACCUGCUCAGCUGAGUCUAGACCUCCGUUCCUCCAGUUUUUCUGGUUUCUGGAUGGAGAGCAGCUGUCUGAUACUGGACCAGAACUCAGACUGAUGAACAUUCAGACUACUCAGAGUGGAAACUACAGCUGUCAGGCCUUUCACAGCAAAACUCUGAGAUAUGAAACAUCUCAAUUUUCAUCAAUCACUGUUCUACAGAAAAUAUCAGGAGCUAAUGUGACACCAUCAAACCCGACCAUUGAGGGAAAACCUGUCAACUUAACCUGUGAUGCUUCUGGCUCUCCCACUGCCAGAAAAUGGAUGAAGGACGGUUCAGAUCUGAUCCCGAAUGACAACAUGAUACUUUCUGAUGAUAACAGAGUGUUGUCAUUUAACACUGUAAACAGAGAAAACAAUGGAGAUUAUCUCUGUAACAUCAGUAACCCUGUCAGCAGCAGUGAUGCUAACUACAGUAUGGAUGUAAUAUAUGGGCCAGAAAAUGUUAGGAUCACAGGUAAAGAUAAUGUAACUGUAAGUGAACCUAUAAAACUGACCUGCUCUGCCAACUCUACUCCAUCUGCCACGUUCACCUGGAUGUUUAAUAGAACUGCGAUUCCUGUUAAUUCUCCUGAGUUCUCAAAAGAAUAUGCUGAACUUUCUCAUGCUGGAAUUUACACCUGUGAAGCGUUGAAUCACAUAACUGACAGAAGAUCAUCUGCAACGUUUGAACUGUUUGUUCAUGCAGGAAGCAUACAACCAUCAGGAUUAUCUGCUGGUGCCAUCGCUGGAAUAGUGAUUGCAUGUUUGGUCAUCGUUGCUGCAGCUGCUGGUGGCGUGUACUACAUCAGCAGAGGAAAAAAACGUGGGCAAAAAUCCUCUAAUAGAAACACUGCCUCUGCAGGAGGUGGUGGCCAACAGGACAACGCAGCACAUGGAAGUGAGGACUUGAACUAUGCGGACAUCAAUUUUUGUAGGAACGGAAAUAAAGGGACAGUCGAGCUGGGAUUGCAGAAUGCUUCAUCAGACUACGCUGAGCUCCAAGUCAAUAACAGUCGGCCUGCAGGGACCUCCCCUCCCACCUACGACGUCCACAUGCAGAGAGCGAACAGGCCGGCUCCUGGGGUCCGGCAAAACCAAAGAAGUUAGAUCUGAUGAUGCAGGUCAGACUGAAGGCCAGAUGCAGCUGAUGUUUUAAGAAAUAUGCACUUCGCUCUCAGUUUCUUUAUGGCGUACAAAUUUAGGCUGGAGCUUGCUUAUUCAAAGCUCUUUAUGGGUUAAUCAUCAACUAUUGUUGACAGCUAUUGCCAAAAUGAUGUCACACUGCACACUGUUGCUCUAUUAAUGUUUAAUGUGUGCAGUAAAUGCAAAGUGACCAGUAAAAGUCACUGUGAAUUAGUUGUUUGCUUGAGCUUAACACGUCCCAUGUGAUACAUAUUUGACUCCACACAUGCACUGUUUGAUUCUGUUUGUAAAUCACCAAAGAUUAGCUAUAUUUAGUUCCAUAAGGAGUUAAUGUGUAAAAUAAUAUCAGUUCUACAUGUUAUUAAAGAAAUACACAUUUAAGUUAUGUUGUCAGAAUGUGGAUAACCUGGAUAUGACUUGACAUCGGUGCAAUUUGUUAAUUUAUCAUUGCAGAAGUGAACUAUAUUCAUCUUCUAAGAAGUAGAAAAAUAAAGUGAAGUUAAUGUUAUAAUUGAAAAAGCAAGGUUCUGAAGAUAACUUAUUUUGGCAUGUGAAAUUUAAAAAAAAUGGCAGGAUAUUUUUAUUGGUUAUACUUAAGUAAGUAAGUUAGUAAGUAUAGAUGUAACAACAGAUAAUACAACACUUCAAGUUGAUUUAACAGUUUAAAGUCUAGUUAUUGUGUUAUCUUCAGCACAAUAAAUGCCUGAGGUCUAAAGUUCAUCCAGUAUGUGGGGAAGCUGUGGCCUAAUGUUUGCCGUAAACGUUAAACAUUGCGGCCUGGAGAUUUCAUCUCUUGCCAAAUGACAGCAUCUGGGCUCCAGCGCUCCGUGACAUCGAGCAUAUAGCAGGUGGAAACAUUAGAUGCUUUGAUGAGAUAAAACUGAAUUUCCUCUGAUGUUAAACGUCUGAAAUUGCGAAAAGUGGAAGUACAAAAGGGAAGCUAGAUUGUGUCACCACUUGCAUUUGUACAUCUCAUGUUUGCUUUUACAUCACUUGUGAGCUACCGUGCUUGUGUCAAAUAUCCACUUGAAGGUGAAGUUCAGCAUUUAGCAAGAGAGUAAUUUAAGACAUGUUUUCCUGAAAUAAGUGAAAUCAGUAGAUAACAAACAACAAUGAAACAAUGAAAAGUAAUCAAAUGUACCAUUUCAAUGAGUUGCAUGUGAGAUCUGGAAAAUUCAGUGAGGUAGUAGUGUAUCAGACAAGAUAUUACAAAAAUAAUGGAAAAAUGUACUAGAGGGAUAUUUAGAGGGCAAAAUUUUCAAAUGAAGCUGAUACAUUGAGAUAAAUAGACUGCUUUUGUGCCAUAUUAACCUUGCUUUGUGCUGGAUUCAAGAAACUAUCACUCUGAUAUUAAGAAAGGUGUUUCUGAAGCAGAAGAACGACAAACAAAACAAUCAAAACAAAAAAGAAAAACUAGGCUACUGUGCACUAAAAACCAAAUACAUGAUUAAAUAUUGAUGAAAUAUCUAGAAAAACACUAGAAAGAUGAAAGAAAGGCUUUAUUAAAAGGCAGAUUGUAGACUGCUUCACUUUAACCUAAACACAUCAGUGCCAUUAUUUUGACGGUCUCCCAGCAACACAGUAACCUGUUGUUUGAUUAUUUCCUUCUGCAAUGAUCCUGCUUCAUUCUAGCAAUGUGCAUUUAUUUGUACAAUAGCAAAAGUUAUAUUUUUGUUUCUCUUAUUUAUAGAAAAAAUAUAUAUUAUUCAAUUCAGGCCAAAUUAGAGGGUCAGCAAACCGUGGUGGGUUUGUGUACUGUAUAUUUUCACUCCCGCUGAAAGUUACUCAUUGGCAGAAAUUAAACCCUCUGCAUGAGUCACGCAGCUCAUUCUUUCUGCACUGAAACUGUUAUGAUCUACCAUCACCUAUUCACCAAAGAUUGCUGUCAUUUUAUGUGUCUUUGUUCAACCAUCCAACCAUUGUGUGAAAAAUAUUUGCCCCUUCUGCCUUUUCAGGAUUGCUUUGAAUGUAACUCUCAGGAUGCCUAUAUUGUAUUUUUAAUGAUCUUGUUGCUAUUUUAAAUGCAUAAAGAAUUUGUUUGAAUCACUA